CAAAGCUCGAGGCGUUGGCCUUAGCAUCUUGACUAGCUCAUCCAUUCGAUCCUUUGGAAGUUGUUGACUCCGUCAGUCUGUUUCGGUUCUUCAACAAAAAGAACAGAACAAUAACGAGGGAAGGACAACAUAUUCAGAUGCAUCCAAUAGACUCUCGAGACAUUCCGGCUUAGAUCAACACCCAAGCUUCAAGACUUCUCGCAUGAACUGCGAAAAUGGCGCAGUUGCAGUUACAGGAUGAAGGCUCCUUGGUGCGUUUCCGAGUGCUUUUAAGGUCUAUGUGAAGAUUUGAACUUUUUUGUGCCAUCCACUUGCUAGGUAGCAGAGGUUUUGAGUCCUAGCAGUUCAAUACGAUGCCUACGUCGAGCUUUUCUGUAGGCUCUCCGUCGCAUACUUCUGUGUCCAACUCGGAUCACCUGCAUCAAGUGAGGUUUGUCCACUGUGUCUCGGAAGCGGGCCGUCUUUUGCCCUCGGACAGUAGAUGGAACUCUAUUGAGCUGAACUUCAAUUUUGCCCCUCAGUCUUCAUUGGCAUACGAAUCAAUCCCGUCCCGGUAUGCCAAGUCCGUUGACUACGAUCUUGUGAUCACGGACAUGAAGCACUUCAGGCGCUUCCUCUGCAUCACCUUCUUGAUAAUCCUCCUUGUUUUCGCACUUCUUCUGUUGGCCGCGUUCUUGCCACGGCAUCACAGACAUCAUAGUGACCGGAAGAAUCUCACCCUUGCCGUGAAUCAAGCACUGACCUUUUUUGACGCGCAAAAAUCAGGAUAUUAUCCAAAGACUAGCCCGGUGAAGUUCCGGGGCAAUUCGGGAUUGGAAGAUGGGAAUUGGGAUGAUGUGCAUGCGAAUCUCUCAGGUGGUUUUUAUGACUCUGGCAACAACAUUAAGUUCAGCUUCCCAACAGCGUAUACAGUGACUUUAUUGAGCUGGAGUGUGAUUGAGUACUAUGAAAAGUAUGAAGAUAUCGGCGAAUUAGACCAUGUGAAGGAUAUCAUCCGGUGGGGAAGCGAUUACUUGCUCCAGCUUUUUAUCCCUCCAAAUGCGACCUCCAGUGGGGUGUUGUAUUCACAGGUUGGAGGUGCAAACAGUGGCACAGAUGAUGACAUAAGUUGUUGGCAGAGACCAGAGGACAUGACCUACCCGAGAGCAGUCUCCUACUGCGACCUCUCAGCUUCGGACUUAGCUGGUGAAAUCGUCGCCGGCUUAUCAGCAGCAUCAAUACUAUUCAAGAAUGAAACUGACUACAGGAUCCGGUUAAUUGCAGCAGCUGAGAGUUUGUUCGAGCUUUCAACAAAAAAUCCUAAGGUGCAGGGAGCUUACACGGCGGCUGAUGAAUGUGGAGGGCAGGCGAGGCCAUUCUAUAACUCAACGAGCUUUAAGGAUGAGUUGGUGUGGGGAGGGACAUGGUUGUUUUUUGCAACAGGGAACACUUCUUAUCUCGAUUAUGCAACGACUAACUUUGGUUCGGCCAUCCAAGAGGAAAGAGUCGCCGAGAAAGGACUGUUUUAUUGGAAUAACAAAGUACUCGCCAAUGCGGUUUUGCUCACCCGGCUUCUGUACUUCCGAGAUCCCGGCUACCCUUUCGAAGAGACGUUAGCUUUGUCAUCGAACAUGACUGACUUGCUUAUAUGCUCGUAUUUGUUGGAUGGAUAUUACAAGAAAACACCAGGUGGCUUGAUCCUCUUGAACCCCGACUAUGGUUCUUCGCUGGAGCUCGCUGCCACGGCGUCGUUCCUGAGCAAGCUGAAAAGAGACUACCUCGAUGUUAUUGGGAAGGCAGGUGGAAGAUGUGAUAAUGGUGCAUUCUCCCGCCAAAUGUUGCAGAGCUUCUCCCUCUCUCAAAUUAAUUACAUCCUCGGAGACAACCCUACGAAAAUGAGUUACAUGGUGGGAUUUGGACACCAGUACCCAACCCAAGUCCACCAUAGGAGUGCUUCCAUCCCUUGGGAUGGCCAGCCUCACUCUUGUGACGCCGGGCAAAGCUGGCUUCACUCUGCAAGCCCGAACCCGAACAUCCUCCUUGGAGCCCUGGUGAGCGGGCCUGACCAGUGGGACAACUUCCUGGAUGUCCGCAACAAGCCUUGGUACACUGAGCCGAGCAUCUCUAGGAAUGCUGGCCUUGUGGCAGCCCUGAUCGCGCUCCACGACCCCCCACACCAUUCUGCUUAUUUGGGGAUAGACCAGAUGGGCAUGUUUGACAAAAUCCGAGCCAGGGAUUGACUUGGUUUUGAGAUCAUACAUUGACGUGCAUAUGAAAUGUUCCACCAAAGAGAUAUAAUGACCAUUUUUUUUUUCCUUUUCUCAUGUAUAAUAUUUGAUCAAACUCGUUUGUACUUUCAUAUAACUGUCAAUUGGCCUCAUUUCCCAGUCCGAGGGGAUAAUUAGUUUGGAGGU